UGACAGUCAGUAAAAUAAUAACCGAACAAGCAAUCGUUUCAACAUUGUGCUUAAGCAGCCUCGAGAAGUUCAUUCAAAGGCAAACAAAUUCAUGGCAUCGGAUCUUAACCCACUUCCAGUUCCCGAACCCAAUAAAGAGGACCUUCAAAUGAUAACCAGCAAUAUGAGCGAGGAGGUAGCAGUUCUUAAAAACACCAAUCAAAAUGUGGCACCGGAAAUGUGCCCACUUCAAAUUACUGAACCCAAGGCAGAGGACAUUCAAGAGAUAUCCAACAGUGUGUCCGACGGGGUAACAAUCACCAAUGAAAAUGAGGCUUCGGAUGUGAUCCCUUUUCCAGAUCCUGAACCCAAUGCAGAGGUUGUCCAAAAUAUAUCCAGCUUUAUGUGUGAGUGGGUUACUCAGCUGAUCUUUUGGCGCAAUUGGCGAAAGUCGAUUCUGGUAUUCGCAGUCCUUCAGUCUAUUAUCUAUGACCUUUCAUCUGAAUCGGCAAUAUCCGUUCUGAACGUGUGGGCUGUGACUGGACUAUGGAUAACGAUCGCCUACCGGUUGUAUGUGCAGUUCCUUCAGUGGUUUGAUAAGACCAAUAUCCAGGGAAAUCCGUAUCAGAAAUAUCUUGACAUGGACAUCAGUAUUCCCGCAGAGCAGUCGAAAGCGCUGGGACUCUUGAUCUCAACCAAAAUUUUUGGGCACCUCGAUAAGCUACGAGCCAUAUUGUUAGUAAAGAGCCCAUGGGAAUCUUUUAAGUGGUUUGUAUUUCUAGUUGGAAUGACCCUGAUUAUGAGGAAUAUAAACUUCACCAUAUUGUUCCAAUUUGUGUUGGUUUUUGUGUUUACAAUUCCCAAAAUGUAUGAGAAGAAAUCAGUGUUCUUGAAUUUUCCAAAACUCCGUAAUUCUGAUGGCGAAGUAAAAUCCAUUAAAUCCAUUAAAUCCGAAAUCCAAGGCGAGAUGGACAUUAAUUCUUCAAAGCAAUCUGAUAAAGUUAUUUUAAAGAAAGAGGAGGGCUCGAAGACCUCAUUCGAGUCAGAUGUAACCCACAAACCCUAUGCUGGUGGCGAUAAUUUUGCAAUCUCUAAGUCUGACGCAGAAGCAUGUGAUGAGUUUGAGCGCCUUGCCGAUUCCUGGACGGAUGAAGAGACACAAGCUGAUACAUAACUCAACAAUUUGGCAAUCUCUAUCUAUAUAUUUUGAGGGGAAAAGAGAUAUUUUAUGCUAUUGCUGAGUUACUAACAACGUUAGUUAUAUUAUAAUAAAAAAGAUUUUUUUCUUUUA